GCUAUAAUCACACACUGCAAAUGGCCACGGGUGCAACUCACGUAGUCUCGGAGAUGCGAUAUCCAGCGGAAUCUUGUUUUACAUGGAAAACAGAAUCGUCAACGAUGAUAGGGCAACAGUGAUUGCUGUUACGGUUGUACUCUUACGACAGUAAGGUCACUCGCGAUUUUCUGAAGGUCGCGCAAUUGAGUUUUCCGCGGGAAAACAAUGUCUGGAUACCGAAGGGUGAACUACUACGAACUGUGCAGAUUGUGUACGAGCAGCGAGGGUAACAAAAUGAACAUUUUUCGGGAGGAAGGUCGUAGACGGCAACUUCAGUCAAAGAUCCAAACGUGUUUACCUAUACAGGUUUUGGAAGAGGACUCUUUGCCAAAAAUUGUUUGUCACGAGUGUAUUAAGAAGUUGGAGACUUUCAUUGAGUUCAGAGAAACUGUUGUAAGUGCGGAGAGUAUGUUGGAAUCGUACUUCACUUCGUUAAGAUUUUCUGAAGACUUUCUAAAAGAAGGUAAGGUAUACGUGAAGAGUACAGAGAAGGAUAGACCGACCACACCAGAGAAUGAAAUAUUAAAGUCAAUAGAAAAAGUAUCACCUACCGCGGGAACUCAGAUAGUUAAUAACGAUCCGCAAAUACAGCAUCAACAGCCUGUUGUUGUUAGUAACAUAAAUGCCUCUAAUAUUCAAAUUAUCAGUGGUGUUCAAGCAAGAGUGCAACAGUAUAAAUGUGCCAUGCAGAUGCAACCAGGAGGCAUGGCAGCUGCUGUUGUUGAAGCAACAGCAGAGACACAUUAUAGUUAUCAGCAACAAACUUCACAGCAAUUAUCACCUCAAUCAAAUGAAGCACAAAAUCAAAUCACUGAACAACAUAGUCCAACUUCACAAAUUCAGCAGCAAGUCCAAAGUCAAAUACAGAAUCAUGGUCAAAUAAAUCAACAAAUACAACCCCAAAGGCAGAUCUCUCAACAGUUGAAUCAAUCAGCUCCUAUUCCUCAGCAACAAAAUCAAACACAGGUUGGUCAACAACAACAGCAGCAGCAGCAGCAGCAACAACAACAACAACAACAGCAGCAGCAGCAGCAACAACAACAGCAGUUACAACAGUUACAAAGACAAAGAGAGUAUGAGAAACAGCACAGGCAACUCCAACAAAUUGAGAAACAACAGCAAGUACAGAUCAGUGCUCCUCAAGAAUUUUCAAUAAAGCAGGAACCUCAAGGGCAAGUUGUACAUCAAAAUAAUAACAUUAUUCUAAAGUCAGAACCCGAUGCUAAACAAAAUCAACCAAUUAUUCAAAAAGUACAAUCUGAGGCCCAAAAGGAUGACAAUGGCGCACAGAAUGUGCAAACAUUCACCACUGUGCAUUCUGCGCCUGAAGUAUUUUUAAAUUUAGGAUUCAAAGACACCCCUUUGGUUACACAAACUGUUCGGGAAGAUACGAAAGACUUUAAGGCAGAUGAUGCAAUAUCUCGUACUUCAAUUGGACAAAUUUCAGAAUUUCUAAGAAUCAAAUCAGGGCCUGAACCUACAUCACUAAUCACUGUGAAUCCCCAAGUUAUUACUCAACCUAGAGAUACCGCUUGCAAAGAUUGUGGCAAAACUUUGCCUUCCAUGAGUCAAGUAAACAGUCACAAUUGUUCUGGUUCAUCAUUCAAUUCAAGGUCUAGUUUACUUCAAACCCUUUUAACUGAUGCCACUGAAAGUGGAAAUAAAGAGGAACCUUUACAAACUAAUAAUAAUUCUUUUAGUUGUGAUGUGUGUGGCAAGCCAUUCAAACGGAGAGAGCAUCUUUAUCAACAUCGAAAGUUGCACACUGGUGAACGUCCGUUUGUGUGUACCACAUGUGCAAAGGCAUUUAGUCGCAAAGAACAUUUAGUUAGACACUCUGUAUCUCAUACAGGUGAAAAAAUGCACGAGUGUGAAAUGUGUGGCAAAAGCUUCUCUCGGAAGGAUAAUCUGCAUAAACAUCGUAAAACACAUGGUGUAUCUGGUCCAUAUAUUUGUGAAACUUGUGGUAAAUCGUUUGUGGUUAAGCAUUAUUAUUUAAUGCACUUAACAACUCAUGCAUCGACAACUGGAGAUGGUGCAAACUGUCAGGAUCCUUUACCAUAUAAGUGUGACCUUUGUCAUAAGGCAUUCUCUGUAAAACAAUAUCUUACAACUCACAAACUUAGGCAUAGAUCAAAAAAUAAUAAUAAUUCUGGUCAAAAUUCUGUAAAUGGCCAACAGCAACAACAAACUCAGCAAGCUAAUGCUGCAAAUAACGUAGAUCUAGUAGGUAAUAACGUUACUAAUACUGGAACAUUAAAUGAUAAUAAUGGACAGUCUGAUAAUGGAUCAACGGUUGAAAUUCAAAGUGUUAUAGAAAAAAAUGAAGAACCGAACGGUACUUUUGAUCAUUCUUACCAUAGUAAUAUACAAGAGUUUCAAUGAGAUAAGGGGAAGCGUGUCUAUUAUGUUCUCUUGCCAAAUGGUAACAACCACAAGAUUGUCGUUGUGUAAGCAAGAGAAAUUGUACGACGCGCCAACAUAUUUUCUUAAUCAAACAAGGUUUUACUUGAAAAUGAAUUUUUUAUACUUUAAUAAUCAAUGAAAUGAAUUUGGAUACUAUUGUUUUCACAAUUCGUGGUUUAUUUGGUCAUAAAGUAAUAUCUUCAAUAGCUUGAAAGCUUGAGAUAAAAGAUAUUGUAUACAUAUUUUGCCAGUGAAGUAUUACAUGUACGAAACGCAUGCUAUGUUUUCUAUAAAUGCACACUACUAUUUAACAUUUAAAGUAAGUGUGUGCAGCAAAAUUUAAAUGUAUGUAGAUAGUCAUAAGGUUGUUCCAAUACCUGAGUACAUUUGUGUUUCAAGCCCCAGUAGCUUUGAACA